UUAUUAAUACUUAUACUUUUGCCGGCAGGUGAUUUAUGCAGUCGGCAGCGUGGCGGGUGUAUGUUUGAUGCCCAGGAUUAUCUUCACUCUAAGCAGACGGCGCAAUUAUCCAGUAGACUGAAUUAUCAAGUCCACUGCGCAACGCUUGACUCGUCUCCAAGAAAACCUAAGAAAACAUACGAAACUUUCAGAGCGUCAUCAUGCCGCGACUGUCGAUGGUUCUUGUGGCAUUCUGCUUGACAACAGUCAUCGUCGAAAUCGUCGGGAAGACCGUGCAGGUGGACAACGUCAACCUGGACUGCACACCCCCCGCAAAAUUCACCGGGAAAGACGACCAAGCGAAAUGCUUCGCCCGCUGCAAGGAGCGCGACUGCCUAGCGGCCAUCUACCACUACGACGGUCCGCCCAACCGUCCCACCUGCGCCAUCAUCCCCAAGAACGCCACCUGUCUGCCGGGUGAACCCGGUCCCUACAACGUGCAGCUGAACGUGCCCGUCUACGACUUCAGCUACCGCACCAGCCACACUCUGGACAUGCUGCACGAGAAAAAGCUCUUCGGCUCGUCGCAGGUGCCGGGCUGUUCGGCGUUCUGCGGGAUGGUCAAGGGAUGUAACGCUGUGCGCUCCAGCCCCAUGACGUGCCAGCUGCUGCAGCUGACCGGCAAGCAGACGGCCCUGCGGAACGGAUUUGGGACCGGGCCGUUGUGCCAUAAUUUCGAGUGGGUGUACUAUGUCGACAAGACGCAGGCGCCUACUGAAAAGGGCUGCGAAAUUAUGACCAGUUAAUUGGCUACAUAAAACUAGGAUUGUCUGCUGUUUGUUUUAUCCAAUUUCGUGUGUAUCCCUUGAAACUUUCGCCUAAUGAUUUGUGUACACUGACGUGAAAACGGGUGCUUAGACAACAGUGAUUACUGAGAUAUAUCGAUUAAAAUAGACAAAACGUUUAACU